GUUUACGUUCGGCACAUGAGCUUGAGCAUAACGCAACUUCACGGCUGUUCGCCACCAGCUCCAAGUAUGGUACCGUCGAGGCAGCCGUAACUGCCGCAACCCGCACUCCCCGACUCGUAGCCCCUUGGCACUUGGAGUGCCAAGCCUUGUCAUCAAGAACAUGGGCGACUACGUGCAAUACGAAUUUCCUUGCGGCUUUUACUCACAUGGGCGUGCACGGAGCAACUUUGACAGGAACCCCUCACCCGUCAGCCGGGACCCAGGCAGGCAGCCAGGACCCGCGCCGCCGGCAGCGCUGCUCAUAAGCCACCCGGACUCCGUCCAGUAGUGCCAUACCGAGCUCUCCAUCUGCAGCUGCGUAAACGGUGCCACACACUCAGUUUCGUCAAGAAUUAAUCCUAGCUCCUGCCCGCCAAGUGCCUCCUAGCAGCGCUACCACCCACCACUCCAUUAGCCCACUACCAGCUUGACCGCACAGAGCGCUAGAGCGCCUCCUGCGGGACGAGGCAUCCCGCAGUGCCACUGUAUCAGCAGCAGCAGCAGCAGCAGCAGCAACAGCAGGAGCAGCUGCAACAGCAGUAGCAGCAGCGGCUGUAGCUCUCCCUCAACUGCUACAGCCAUGGCUCUCAUGGGCAGCCUGCGCCGGGUCGCCGCCGGGCGCCCCGCAGCUGCCGGCGGCGCCGCCCCUACCGGCCGGCGCGCUGGCGCGUGCGGCAGCUCCACUGCGCUCUUCGCGGCAGUAGCAGCGCUUGGGUCGGUGCUACUGCUACUGGGCGGCGCACUGAACACGCCCGGGGCGAUGGGGCAGGCGUACCUGCCUGCCACCAUGAUUGACGCCAUGGAGGCAGCCAUGUUCCUAAACAAGUUCAUGGACGCCGCUGACGUGACGGGCUUCUACGACAAAUUCCUGGAUCCGGAGUUCUCUGGAACCGUGUUUGCGCCCGUGGAUCUGGGCUUCGAGGCGCUGAUGCAGAAGUCCAAUGCCACGUGGGACGAGCUCACCUCGCCCGAGCUGAACCAGACCCUAUCCACCAUCGUGGGCAUGCACGUCAUUCCCGGCCAGCGCCUGUUCCCUCUGGCCCAGCUGCGCGACGGACUGGCACUGGACACCGCCGCCGACAAACUCAAGGUCUACAUCCGCCGCGAUGUGCCGGGUAUCGUGCACGUGUACGCGGUGCCGCGGCCCGAGGACGACCCGCUCAACUUCGCCACCGUGCUGCAGUACCAGGAGAUUCGCGGCGGCAAGGCCAUUCUGUAUGUUGUCGAUAAAGUGCUCACGCCGCCCGCCAAGGACUCCAAGCCCGCAGAGGACGAGGCGGCGCCCACCUUUGUCCGCCGCGGCAAGCGCGGGGAUGCCCAGCGCAAGGCCUGAGCUCCAGAGGCACGGCUGCCGGGCUGCGGUAAGCCAUUGCUGCACUGCUGCUCGCAAGGAGCUGGCAUCAAGCCAUGGGGCAGUGAUGCUUUGGCCCUUCGUGGCUGCGGCCUGCGUGUCGUUAGCGGUGUGCUUGGUGAAGGGAGCACAGCGGAGGUGGGUGGGUUCCGACCCUGGACGGCGGAUGCAAGAGCAAGCCGGUACAUCGGGUAGGGUAUGUGCUGUACAAGUGCGUGGGCUGUGGGAUCAAGAAGGGGGCGUGGCGGCACAGGGAGGCGUGACAGAGGCAGGCUGUGCGAAAGAGAGAGGGCCUCCUGACAAAGAGUUUAGUAAGAGGUUUUGAUGUAGCGACAUUCAUGGUAAUGACCGAAUAAGCUGUGGAGAGUGUUGACCGUACGAGCUGUGUCCCCUAGAUCCGUGCCACCUAGCAACGCGUGGGCUGUCUGAUGCAAUUUGAUACUUUGCAUUUUGAUCCUGUGCUUUCAGGCUUCCAGGAGAAAGCUUGCUUCAAGCAGAACCCUCACGCAGAACCCUGUAGCUCAGGAUGUAACGCGCUAUGUGG